CAUCGUCUCCCGCAGCCGCGCAGAGGAAAAAAAAAAAGUAACAAAACACAAACAUGGCGGCCACUUGUACUGGCAGCAACAGAUAGGGCUGCGGCGGUCAAGUGCACACAGAAAGUUUGUAGGUAGCUGCAUGUCGCGGAGUCGAUGUAAGCGGCGAGGCGGGCGCACUUCUGCGGAGCUCUCGGAUGCCUUCAUGCCAGCGCUCUUCCUGGAUGCUUGAAGACAGCUGGUCCACCAGCCAUGAUAGAAGACAAAGCCCCCCGAGUCACAGACUAUUUUGUUGUGGCUGGACUCACGGACACAUCUACUCCCCUAGACCAGGAGAUCAGCCUCUCCGAAACAAAGUCCACUGGUCCCAAAGCACCUAUUACAGAUCUAGCAGUUAUCAUCAAAUCUGCAGGUGAAACCGUCCCAGAAGGAUUUACUUGUAUUGAAACAACCUACACAGGACAGCCAGCAAACCUGAACCAUGGCAGUCUCAAGAGCCCAGAAAUAUAUCUUUGUUACAGAAGGGGACGGGAAAAGCCACCACUGAUUGACAUUGGAGUUUUGUAUGAUGAUAAAGAAAGGCUGAUUGCAGGCUGUGAAGUGAUCCAGGCCACACCUUAUGGACGCUGUGCCAAUGUUAAUAACAGCUCGGCCAAUUCUCAGAGGAUCUUUAUCACAUAUCGUCGAGCUUCUGUUGAACGGGCGCAAAAUUCCUUGGCAGUAACAGAUAUCUGUGUUAUUAUUGCAAGCAAAGGAGAGACUCCACCUCACACCUUCUGCAAAAUUGAUAAGAAUUUGAACUGUGGCAUGUGGGGAUCCAGUGUAUAUGUUUGCUACAAGAAAUCAGUUUCUGUGUCUAAUUCUAUAGCAUACAAAGCUGGUUUAAUCUUUAGGUAUCCUGAAAAUGACUGCGGGUCUUUCCCCCUCUCUGAAUCCGUACCUCUAUUCUGCCUUCCUAUGGGAGCUACUAUUGAGUCCUGGCCACCUAAUACAAAGUAUCCACUGCCCGUCUUUUCAACAUUUGUGUUAACAGUCUCUUCUGGAGAAAAGGUGUAUGGAGCUGCAAUCCAGUUUUAUGAGCCGUACUCUAUGGAGCUGCUAACAGAAAAGCAGAAGCUACAGCUUGGUCUGGUCACAGCUGUUGAGAAAAAGAUGAUUCCCAACAAAUUUGUUAAUACUAACAAGUGCAUUUGCUUGCUGUCACGCUGGCCCUUUUUUGAGUCCUUCCGCAAAUUUCUCUUGUUCAUUUACAAGUUAUCAGUUUCAGGACAUAACCCAUUACCUAUUGAAAAGCACAUUUCUCAUUUUAUGCACAACGUCCCCUUUCCUUCACCUCAGAGACCAAGAAUACUUGUUCAGCUUUCAGCACAUGAUGCCUUGAUACUUUCUCAGCCCGUUUGUACACCUUUGCCUCUAAGUGGAGCAAAUUUUAGCACUUUACUCACAAAUUUGGGCCCUGAAAACUGUGCCAUCGUACUCCUCUUUGUCUUGCUGGAAAGUAAAAUUCUCCUGCAUUCUCUACGGCCUGCUGUACUCACUGGAGUUGCAGAAGCUGUAGUUGCUAUGAUUUUUCCUUUCCAGUGGCAGUGUCCAUAUAUCCCUCUGUGCCCCUUGGCUCUCGCAGGUGUCCUUAGUGCACCUUGUCCUUUCAUUAUUGGUGUUGACUCAAGAUAUUUUGAUCUGUAUGAACCUCCAGCAGAUGUUAUCUGUGUGGAUCUGGAUACAAACACAAUCUUUUUAUCAGAUGACAAAAGGCAUCUCAACUGGAAACAUCUCCCAAAGAAGCCCAGCAAAAAUCUCAUCAGCAGUCUUGCAAGCCUGCAUAAUCAGCUAUCAACAGUCCACAGAUCAAAACACGAAGAAGGACUAGUGCUAGACAUGGCUCCUAUAGAGGCGGACUUUACCUACCAUAAGAAAAUGACCGGUCUUGAAAUGGAGACCCAGGAGGCCUUUCUGCGCUUUAUGGCAUCCAUACUCAAAGGUUACAGAGCGUACCUCAGACCAAUCACACAAGCACCUUCUGAAAAGGCAACAGCAGCCAAUUCCCUGUAUGAUCUUCAAGGUUUUUUGAAAAGCAGAGAUCGUGCACAUCAGAAGUUCUAUUCACAGCUGACAAAAACACAGAUUUUUAUUCGCUUCAUCGAAGAAUGUACUUUUGUCAGUGACAAGGACACUGGCUUGGCGUUUUUUGAUGACUGUAUUGAAAAACUUUUUCCUUCUGAUAAAGGAACAGGAGCUAAGAUUGAUGUUGAGUCAUCUGAUGAUACCAAGUUGAUUGAACUGGAUGAAUCACAGAAGAGUGAGCAUACGGUAUUUGUAAUGCCACCAGAGCCACCUGUUCCUGAUGGAUCAGACCCACCAGCGCAGUACAGGUAUAAAAACUUCCCACAAUUGAAACUGGAACUGUUUGACAGACCAAAAGAUCUGACACCUUCAGUUAGUAAGCGUGUUGCAGGUGGCAGUGUUUCUAACAGCCCUGCACUGCUGGCAAAACGAACCAAACAGGAGAUCAAGUCAGCGCACAAGAUGGCAAAGAGAUUUUAUUCUAACCCUCCUCUCUGGGCCAAGUGUUUAUUUAGCCACUGCUACAGUUUGUGGUUCAUAUGCCUGCCUGCCUACGUCCGGGUGUCUCAUUCCAAAGUUCGAGCCAUGCAGCAAGCAUAUGAUGUCCUUUUAAAGAUGAGAAAAACUGAAGUUGAAGCACUUGAUGAGGUGUGCUACAGAGUGGUGAUGCAGUUAUGUGGAAUCUGGGGAUUUCCUGUGCUGGCAGUGAGAGUUCUGUUUGAAAUGAAAGCAGCUGGUGUUCAACCUAAUGCUAUCACUUAUGGAUAUUACAACAAGGCUGUUCUAGAAAGCCCGUGGCCAAGCAGAAAUCGAAGUGGUCAUUUUAUAUGGAAAAAGAUCCGAAAUGUGGUGCGAGGUGUAGCCCAGUUUAAACAGGCACUUCAUAAGUCUUCAUCUAAAAGACCAGCCUUCACUACAGCUCUUCCACAAACUAAUCUGACUGGAGGGAGCGAUGCUGAUACAAUGAGCCACGGCAGCGCAGACAGCUCUAAUGAUACAAACAGUGGAGAACAUACAUUGUUUGUCAGAAACUUAAUCCUGCUGGACAUUGCUGACAAUCACAACAGCACAGGAGGCCAGUCUGACCAGGGCUAUGGUUCUAAAGAUGAGCUGAUACGGGAUGACCCUGAUGGCAUUCCUCCUUCACUUCCAGACAUUAAAUCAUCCAGUAAACCGAAAGCCAAGCAAGAUGGAAAUGUUUUACCUGCAGAAACUGGAAAGUUGGUAGAUGUUUCUGACCCCCAGAACUCUGUAGACGUCCCUGCUUGUGGACACAGCAUAGUGAAACUGUCCUCUGGGAGUGUUGAAGGUGGUAGCAGUAGAACUAGCAGUGGCAAUCCCCCAGGGACACUUUUUGUUGCUCCAGGUGUCAUGGAAGAUUCAGUUUUUGUCGAUGACCUUUCUUCACAUUCCCUAAAAAAACCUGCUGAAUUGGGGCCUCAGCAGUCUCACAGACCGAAAGUCUUCACUGAGAGGAGUUGUAGUUUUAGUGCAGAGAGCAAAUCAGGAAUGCCUCUAAAGGGCAGUCUGGAAAUGACUCCUGAUGAAAUUGCCAGUAAGAUGGGUGCAGAUGCCAAAAUCUUGACUGCUGCCCUGUCUUCCACCAAACCUCAAGUUGUGGCUGGUGAUGAAAUCUCGUCUAAAAAAGAGACAGUGUUUGAAGUACCAGACCAAAACUCUCAAGUGGACAAUGUUCAGAUCUCACCUGAUAAAGCUUUGGAAAUGUCUGAGAAGCUUUCAUCUUCAUCUUCCUCACAGCUAUUCAGUGAACACAAUGGAAGCCAUGAGGAUAAAUCAAAUAAUCAACCCUCAUGCUGUCUACAACAAGCGCAGAACACUGUUGUGCUGAGGAGAGACUCAAAUGGUGUUCAAGAGAAAGACUCCUCGAAAAGAAGCAGUCUCUAUUCCAGGCCUGUAGAGCGAGAAAAUGUAGAAGCUGGCUCUGAUCCACUUUCUCUCUUGGCAUCUGAGAGCAUGGAGUCUGUUUCUGUUCAAAGUGAUGAGCGGACAGUUCCAGCAGUAGUGUCUAGAAAGCUUGCUGAUGAAAUUGAAAACUACAUGAACCUCAAAAGUCCUCUUGGCAACAAAUCUUUCAGCAUGGAGCUCCACAAGCAACAGCCCAAGGAAGAAAGUAGUGAUUUAAUGCCUUCCUCUGUACUUGAACGAAGAUCCAGCCUGCCAUCUUCCUCCGGACCUCAGCCAACUUCUUUAACUCCCCAACGUAGCCCUUCUGUGACACGUUCAAAAACCUUUGCUGUAAAACCUAAGUCUGCAGGACAAAUGCAAACCCAGUCUCCGAAGGAUCGUUCCUCCUCUUUGAGUGCUCUUGUGCGAUCCACCCAGCAUGGUUCAUUAGGCUCUGUUAUCAACACUUUCUCAGGUCUUAAAAUGGAUCAGCUGCUGUCUGGUCCCAAAAUGGAAGUGCUCAAAUCAGGCAUGAAGCAAGCUGCUAAUGUGGCCAGCAAAAUGUGGGUUGCUGUAGCAUCAGCUUAUGCUUACUCAGAUGAGGAGGAAGGCAAUUCACAUAAUGAUAGCAAUUUCCCUGCUGGGCUAGAUGAACAUAUGCUUUAUGGGGAAGGAGACUGUCCUGGUUCAAGGGGACCGAUUCCAAGUCUGGCAUUGAACGGUUUAACUCAAAGCCGAACCAGUUUAGGCAGCAACAGCAGCAGUGAUACAGGAAAACUGCAACCAUCUGCAGCUACGAACGCAAGAAAUGGAAAAGGGCCCGAAUCUGAGAAGUCAGAGCAUAGCUCUUCUCAUCAUGCAAGCACAUCAAGCAUAUUUCAGAACUGUGCACUGGAAGUAUUAAUGUCGAGCUGCUCACGAUGUAUACAAUGUGAAGCCCUGGUUUAUGAUGAGGAGAUCAUGGCUGGAUGGGCGGCAGAUGACUCCAAUCUUAAUACCACAUGUCCCUUUUGCAAAAGCACAUUUCUUCCAUUGCUCAACAUUGAAUUCAAGGAUCUUAGAGGCACUUCCAGUUUUCUUAUGAAGCCCAGCAACUCUGGAGAUAGCAUACAUAGCAGCAACAUCCCUUUGGCAUCUGAUUUUGUAGAACAGAAAAUAACCUCCUCUCCAUCAGUAUCCACUGACUUGAUUUGUUUUCCAGAAUCACCUGUUAAAAGUCCUUUUCAAGACUACAGUGAGGGCAGCAAAAAAGACCUUGUCGACCCCUUAGGGAUUAAUGGAAAACAAACGCAUAAAAAAGGCACAUCAUUAACAAGAAGCAAUAGUGUGGGAGGACCUUUACAAAACUUGGAUUUCUGUCAGCGGCCAUCACAUGGUAUUUCAACAACCAGCCUUCCAAACAGCCUCCAAGAACCUGCGGAUCCCCUUGUUGUUGAAAAAUGGCCAAACCCUCUUCCAGUGUCGGUUCCCUAUCUAAGUCCUCUGGUGUUACGCAAGGAGUUAGAAUCUUUUUUGGAGAAUGAAGGUGACCAAGUGAUCUACACUCAUAAAUUCAUCAAUCAACACCCAAUUAUUUUCUGGAACCUUGUGUGGUACUUUAGAAGGUUGGAUCUUCGCAAUUUACCAGGCCUCAUUCUUUCCUCCGAACACUGCAACAAUGGAAUCCAGCUGCCUCAAACUAAUUUAUCUCAGGACAGCAAGCUAGUUUACGUGCAGUUACUGUGGGACAAUAUCAACUUGCAUCAGGAGUCUGAAGAGCCCUUGUAUCUUUGCUGGCGGCGCUUGAGAGAGAAGAGAAGUUCAUUAUCUCCAACUGACCAUCAGGAAACAAGAACUCUCCUCAACACAAUUGUGAGAAGUAUCCAGACGAAUGAUGUGUAUACUCCAAUCAAUCUACUGAUAAGAGAGAUCAAGAGGCACCCAGAUGUCAAGAGACAGAGAAGUGUGUAUCGAGAGAUCCUUUUCUUAUCUGUUGUGUCUCUUGGCAAAGAAAAUAUUGAUAUUGAGGCCUUUGACAGAGAGUACAAGUCAGCAUAUGACGAACUAAGUCCAGAUCAACUCAAGUUCCUUCACCGAAUUGAUAUGCCUCCCAGCAACAAUGUGCAGUGUUGCCUGAAGUGCUUUGGUGCACCUGUGAUAUGAGAAACGAUAUGUACCAGUGUUGAAGGAAAAUAACCACUUAAUUGGCAGCCUUCGCAUUGAGGAGCCUUUUUAAAACCAAACACUACUGGCAUUUACUAACUUGGCCAACAGCAAGACUCCCAUUUCUCAUUUUGUAGUAGGAGAGGUUCAGGUUUCAGUUCGCUGCUCUUUUUCCUGUAAUUUAAGAUAGCAAGUUCCUUGUUCUUAUCAAGAGAAAGACAAAAGGUAAUAAAUGUGCUCCUUUAGUAUAAAUACAUAUUUUCUUUUGCAUCUCUUGCACAUAUCUCAGAAGAGUAUCUUCAAGAAAGAUGCGCAUGUGGAAGGGUAGAGCUUGCCACCUUUCUAUAAAAUGCAGAAUUUAGGAGCACACCGCUGCUUGUACAGACUGGGAGGUUUCACUUGAUCGGUGUAUAGAAAGUCAGUUGAAGAAAGUAAUUCAUAAAUAGACAGCAAUAACUUUUUGUAAGCAAGCUUUUGCACAUUAGAUUCAUUCUUUUUUUGUGUGUGUUUCUUUCAGAAGUAGGGCACAAAUCUUUACUUCUCUAUAUUUGUUUUAUACCUUGUAUCCCUGAACUUUAGUGAGUUUAGUACUCCUUACAAGAAGGAUGCAAAAGUGAAUGCCUCCUGCACGUGUUUGGCUGAGACUUUUCUCCUUAAUAUGUUUUUUUGGAACCAGAAUGGUUUAAAGGUCAGAGCAAAGAAUUGAACAUGGGCCUGCAAUAUGUUAUGAACUCUUAAAUUUGAUGGAAAAUACCAUCAAAUGUUUAAAACACAUUCCGGGAUGUUAAAACUCUGUGAAGUGCUGAUGUUGUGUCUAUAUGGCACUUGAGUCUGUUGAUUUUCAAGGAUUGACAUGUGUACUGACAAGGAGUUGCUUUGCAGCAUUACAUCAUGGACCUUUUCUGUAAUGAAACUGUAAAUUUUCUAUUAGUCUUAUAUAAUCUCGGAAUUAAAUAAAUUCGGGUAACAAAUCA